AUGCCAAUCAACUGGCAGGAUCCUGCUGUAAAGGACAGGCUGCUCGCCGCAAUAAUUGGUUCGUUUGACAACAAGAUUAAUUGUCGUGAGGUUGCACGUCUCUUCGGUGGUGAAGCCACAUAUAACGCAAUCGAAAAUUUCUUGCGUGGUCCAAAAAAGAUGGCCCAGAGCCUCAAAAAAGAAGCGAAAGACGACAUCCCACCAUCACCAGCUAAACCGCGUACUCCAAAGAAGCUCGGCAGUAGCCUACUCAAUGGCGUCAAAGCCGGACGAGUUGCGAAGACUCCGGGGAAGUUCAAGGGUCCUCCGGUCAAGGAGCUCAUAGACCAUGACACCGAUGAUGGGGGAGAUGUAGAAGGCCUCAGCGACGCUUAG